UCGGUCUGAGCGGACCGAUCCGGUGAGGAACGCUCUCCUCCGUUUGGUCCCCGGCGCUUCAACAGGUUCGUCCUCCGCGCGCGGCUCUCGAGUUGCUGAACUCCGCGCGUGUGUCUCGCGCGGAUCUGUCGGGACACUCCCGGAGUGACACAUCUGUUGAACGGAGCGCGCGUGAAGCUGGAGUGUCGGACCCCCCCAGCGCGCGCGCCUCUCAUCAAUCAGCCCCGAUGAGGAUCGAUGAGACGCGGGGCGUCGGUUUGAGCGGCUCCUCCUGAUCGGAGCGGAACAUCUGCAGCAGAUCCAGAUGUUCCAGCUGUUUGGACCGGAGAGCUCCAUGAAGCGCUGCUGAAGAUCCGGGUCCAGGAGCCUCCACCUGCUUCACAACACCUGAGGCUGAUGAGAAGCAGACCCCCCGAUCUGAGAAGACCAGAUGAGUGAAGUUUGAUCCUCCCCUCCAACCAGCAUGAGGACGGGACGUGUGUGCGCUGGACAUCAGCUCUGACUCCUGUGGACAUGUCCAGGGUGGAGUAGCGCUCGGGGGGGAGUGUGAUGGUGUUCACCAUGUCUGACGAGGACGUGAUUAACUGCACCAUCAGCCACGAGAUCCACCAGUACCUCUUCUCCUGUGUGUAUAUCCUCGUCCUGCUGGUGGGCAUUCCCUCCAACCUGUACUCCCUGUAUCACGCUGCGCUGCAGCUGAAGCAGAAGAACGAGCUGGGGGUUUAUUUAAUCAACCUGACCGUGUCCGACCUGUUGUACCUGGCGUCUUUACCUCUGUGGCUUCAGUACAUCUUCCAGGAUGAUGAUUGGCGUCACAGAGAGUGGUUGUGUCAGCUGUGCGGUUUCCUGCUCUACGAGAACAUCUACAUCAGCAUCGGCUUCCUGUGCUGCAUCAGCCUGGACCGUUACCUCGCCGUGGUUCAUCCUUUGAGGUUCACGUCUCUCCGCUCCAUGAGUGCAGCGUGGCUCGUCAGUGCGAUCAUCUGGCUGAAGGAGAUCGCGGUCGGCGUGGUUUUCUUCCGACACAAGGAGCUCAGCAGGGACCGCAAGAACCAGUCGGUGUGCUUCGAGCACUACCCCAUGCAGCCGUGGGAAUACCCCAUCAACUACUACCGCUUCACCAUCGGCUUCAUGUUCCCUUUGGCCAUUCUGAUGAUCAGCUACCUGUGUGUCCUGCGCGCAGUGGGUCAAAGUGCAGGAACACAACCCGAUCAGAAGAUAAGGAUCAGACAGCUGGUCAGCAGCACCAUCCUCAUCUUCCUCGUCUGCUUCUCGCCGUAUCACAUCUUCCUGUUAGUGCGCACCAUGCUGGAGCGCGACUGCAACUUCAUCGCAGCCAUUUUCAACUACUACCACCUGUCGCUGCUGCUGACCACCCUGAACUGCGUGGCCGACCCCGCCUUGUACUGCUUCGUGAGCGAAAGCGCGCGCCGCGGCCUCUACAAGGCCGUGUUCAGGCCCGUCGCCAGGGUACUCUGCUGCUGCUGUCGCCGCGGCAACGCCAGCCCCGGAAAUCCAGGCAACGACUCCCACGAGGUGGCCACGGACGGCAACAACGGCCACCCGACGGUGACGCUGCUCACGCACACCAGCACGCUGAACAGCGUGAAGACGGACGCCGUGUGCAAGAACACGAUCAUAAUCACACAAACCGACGAGAAAACUAUCGUACCGCUCGUGGUGCCGAACAGCAGACAGUACGACCAGCAGCUGGGCGUCGACGCGACGUCCGACUGCGUGACGGCCGCAGGAGGAAAGAGGCAAAUGAAGGGGAGGACUGAGGAGCCGGAGUACAACAGCCGCGGUUAUCAGGCGGGAUCCUCUCCGGCGGAGGCCGCAGGAGAGCAGGUCGAAAAACAAAGACUUUAUUUUAAGACUGUGCUGAAGUAGCCCAGAGAGGCCGAGGCCCCGCCCGCCGUGUUUACAUUAUUGCUGUUUAUUAGCAAUUGAUUGAAGAGUUAGGGUUUUUUUUUUUUUUUUUUCAGUUUUCACCAUCUUUAAACUCCAGCCUGACAUUACAAGUCAACAGAGUAUUUUCUGUGAAUGUGAACAACUUGGAUAAUUUUGGUCAUUUAACCGGAAGUACUGAGUUUGAAGCGGUAAGAAAAUUAUGGAAUUAUCACCGGUUUAGAAAAGGGAAACAAACAUUUGCCUGAGCGUGCUGAAAAUCAAAAGAGACACAUGCAACCUGUCUCUUAUUUUGACCCCUAUGAGUUAAUAUCCUGUUAAGCACUUGUAGGAUAAUGAGUUUAAUUUAAAGCGACACUAAGGAACUUUUCAACCUUAAUAAAACAUUUUAAUAUCUUUUGUGAUGAUACAUCGACUUACAACGGGUUGAAUGACCCCUC